GCCCGCCUCCGCGCGGCCGGUCCGUCGCCUCCUGGACAGACCGAGGGCGGGACGUGGGUGCGGGGGCGCGGCGCGCGGCAGAGCUGAGACGGCGGCGGUGGCGGCGACUGCACGGGGCCCGGCGCUCGGCAUGGCUCGCCUGGGGCUCGGUCUGGUGAGCUGUACCUUCUUUCUAGCAGUGAAUGGUCUAUAUUCUUCUAGCGAUGAUGUAAUCGAAUUAACUCCAUCAAAUUUCAACCGAGAAGUCAUUCAAAGUGAUAGUUUGUGGCUUGUAGAAUUCUAUGCUCCAUGGUGUGGUCACUGCCAGAGGUUAACACCAGAAUGGAAGAAAGCAGCAACUGCGUUAAAAGAUGUUGUAAAAGUUGGUGCAGUUGAUGUGGAUAAACAUCAGUCCCUGGGAGGUCAGUAUGGUGUUCAGGGAUUCCCUACCAUCAAGAUUUUUGGAUCCAACAAAAACACACCAGAAGAUUACCAGGGUGGCAGAACUGGUGAAGCCAUUGUAGAUGCUGCACUCAGUGCUCUGCGCCAGCUCGUGAAGGAUCGCCUCGGGGGAAGGAGUGGUGGAUAUAGUUCUGGAAAACAAGGGAGAGGUGAUAGUUCAAGUAAGAAGGACGUGAUUGAGCUAACGGACGACAACUUUGAUAAAAAUGUCCUUGACAGUGAAGACGUUUGGAUGGUUGAGUUUUACGCUCCUUGGUGUGGACACUGCAAAAACCUAGAGCCAGAAUGGGCUGCUGCAGCUUCAGAGGUGAAAGAACAAACAAAAGGAAAAGUGAAACUGGCAGCUGUGGACGCCACGGUCAAUCAGGUUCUAGCCUCCCGAUACGGGAUUAGGGGCUUUCCUACAAUCAAGAUAUUUCAGAAAGGCGAGUCUCCUGUGGAUUAUGAUGGUGGGCGGACCAGAUCCGACAUAGUGUCCCGGGCUCUUGAUUUGUUUUCUGAUAACGCCCCACCUCCUGAGCUGCUUGAGAUAAUCAACGAGGAUGUCGCCAAGAGGACUUGUGAGGAGCAUCAGCUCUGUGUCGUGGCCGUGCUGCCCCACAUCCUCGAUACUGGAGCUGCAGGCAGAAAUUCUUACUUGGAAGUUCUUCUGAAGUUGGCAGACAAAUACAAAAAGAAAAUGUGGGGGUGGCUGUGGACAGAAGCUGGAGCCCAGAGUGAACUUGAGAACGCGCUGGGCAUUGGAGGGUUUGGGUACCCCGCCAUGGCCGCCAUCAAUGCGCGCAAGAUGAAGUUUGCUCUGCUGAAAGGGUCUUUCAGUGAACAAGGCAUUAACGAGUUUCUCAGGGAGCUCUCUUUUGGGCGUGGCUCUACGGCUCCGGUGGGAGGCGGGGCUUUCCCCAGCAUCAGCGAGAGAGAGCCUUGGGACGGCAAGGAUGGUGAGCUUCCCGUGGAAGACGACAUUGACCUCAGUGAUGUGGAGCUUGAUGACUUAGAGAAGGAUGAGUUGUGAGAAUGACAGCAGAGGCUUCAAACUGUUUUCUUUUCUUGGGAGCCAGCGGAUUUUUCCAGCAGUGAAGGAGCAUUCUUUACAAUCAGAUGAACCUACCAGUGGCCUUUUAAACCAAGAAGUAGCACUUGAAUGGUCAUUUGAAAACACUGCAACAGUGAACUUUUGCAUCUCAAGAAAACAUUGAAAAAAUUCUAUGAAUUGUUGUAGCCAGUGAAUUGUAUUGUAUUGUCACAUAAUAUUUUGAAGAAAACUCAGCUGUUGAAAAUUUUUUCCUUCCUCUGACUGCUGCUUGAAUGAAUGUUCUUGGAGGCUGUUUCUUAUGUAUAGGUUUUUUAAUGUGAUUCCUUCAUUUGAAUAUUAAUGGCUUUUUCCAUUAAAGAAUUAAACAAUAUUUUGGACAAUGC